AUGACAGGUGAAACUCAAGUCAAACUAAAAAAGUCAACUGUGGAACUUGGAACUGGAACUGGAAGAGAAUUUUUUUUACUCUCAUGCUCUUCGAAGUCUAUGAAAUUCAACCGCACACAUCGAUCAUGCUAAUUAUAGCUCAGUAAAGGAUAUGGAAAACCACUCUACAAAACUACAUGACUAAAGACUCAUAAAGCCAAGAAAACGGGUCAUAAUUACCUGAUUUGAACGAAAAUAUUAUUUUUGUGGCCAAAAUUUCAUAACCUCGUUUCAUUCUCGUCACACACCAAUGCGAGACGUUGGCGUGAUUUGGAAUUUUUCUUAGCUCUUGAUAUUGAAAUCUGCCAUACAACGAAUGCAGUAUUGAUCAAAAUGGGAGGCUGUUUAUCCAACCCUGCAAGACCCGAGGAAACGGCAGAAGCGCCACCAAAGCAGUAUUCAUGGGAUAAAAGACGUCAGGAGCUUGACCCUAAGGACUAUACGUAUGAUGGACUGAAGGGAGAGACUGUUGGCAAGACUCCUGGACAAUUAAAUGGUCAGCAGUUCACUAUACAAAACUGUGAGGACUGCAACAUAUACAUAUUUGACCAUGUUUCCACUGUACAAAUAGAUGAUUGUGUCAACUGUAGAAUAUUUGUAGGUCCAGUCAAACAGAGUUUGUUCAUCCGUGACUGCAAAGACUGCAAAUUGAUGACUGCGUGUCAACAGUUUAGGACAAGAGACUGUAAAAAGAUUGACAUAUUCCUGAGUUGCGUCACUCAGCCAAUCAUAGAGUCAUCUACAGGCAUGAAGUUUGCCUCCUUUCAGUUCUCAUAUCCACAGUUAGAAGAUCAAUUUAAAAGUUCUCAAAUCAGCAUAUACAAUAAUAAUUGGAGCUCAAUUCAUGAUUUCACCCCAGUUGAUGGUGAAAACAACCACUCAUUAUUACCAGAAGAUGCCAAAGUAGAAGAUUACAUUCCCAUACCAACCAUCGAACAUUUUCAAAAUAUGCAGCUGUCCACAGAUUCAAAUAAAAGUGUUGUGCCAAGAACUUUGGGAUCUCGGCGGAAGCCCUCAGAUCAGAGUUGCCUUGUAGUUUUCUUCAAUGAUGGAGGUUCGCAAGACAGGGCUAAGAGAUUCAUAGAGGCAAUGAGGCAAUAUGACUGUGUGCUGGUUCAGACCAAAGAGAUGUCAUUAAAAUCAGAAGAUGCUGAGAGAGUAUUUGGUACUGAUGCUUAUAAUGCAGUUGCAUCAACAGGUCCAGUGAUUGGCUUUGAGUACAAUGGUGAUGGUGUGGUAGAGCGGUGCCAGGAACAAGUGGUGACUGUAUCACAGGGAACAACAGGGAUGGUUUUCGUCAGCCAGAAUCAUAAACUUGCUGCUCAGCAGAUAGACAACUUUUAUAACUUUGCUGAAAUGCAGAUGGCGGUCUAGGCAGAUGAUAAAUAAUCAUGUUAACCCUGUCUAAUAGGGGCUAAAUGGAUCAGUUAAUGAUGUGUCACAACAUGCACAUCCUUAUAGAGCUGGUUUGACCCGUUUUGACAUUGUCUAAAAUGCAUUUGUGCACAGAAGGGGCAACUACAUACAGCUAAACAAAAUUGCAAGAUCACAUAUGAAAGUGCUCCUAUAUCAGCCCUGAUAAUUUAUUAAACUGCAUAGAAAGAGAAAUUUUACAUGUGAGCUACACUGAAA